AUGAGUUAACAUAAUAGUAGAAUAGAUCAUCAUUUUCUUUCAUAAUAAUAUGGUAAUAUAAUAAUUGUAACAUAAUAGAAUCAUUCAAUUAAUUAAAUAAAGAAAAUAUAUUUAAUGAAGUCAAUAAGAUGAUCGAAUUAUAUAAAAGUCAAAAUGAACUAAAAAGUAUAUUUAAUUAAUUAUAUUUAUAGAAAUAAAAUAAUAGAAACAUUUAUCACCUUAGAAAUUAAUCUAUUAAUUAUUGACUAAAACAAACACAAAAAAUAAAAAUAAAGUUAGUCUAUCAUAAAAUAUUGGACAAAAGAAGUUGACUCAAUCCCCUAUUUCCAUUAAAUAAAAAUCAUUGCCUUAAUAGUCUUUACAAUGUUCAUUCCAUUAACCAAAAAAAGUAAGCAUUCUUUUAAUUGGAGGCUUAAUUUUUUGAUUCUAAUUUGAGAAAUCAAAAUAAAAUUUAUUGUUAAGAAUUUUCUAUCCUCAAUUGUAAGAAUAAUUAAAAGAUGAACAUUAUUCACCAUAAGAAUUCACUUACAGAAAAUCUAUCCAUUAAUUAACCUAAUUAUAAAUCAUUAUGUGAAGAUGCUUUCUCCAUAGAUUAAGAUGAAAAUAAUGAAAAUCAAUAUAAAUAAUAAUAGUUAGAUAAUUUUUAGUAGGCCAUCAAAUCUUUAUUAAAUGAAUGCAAUAAUAUAGUUUAGAUAUCUCAAAACAACGAUUAUGAACUUAAAUACAAUAAUUUACAAUAUUAAUUGGAAUAAAUGUUAACAUCAAUUCAUAAAAAAUCAUUGAAACUAAUUAAUUAGUUAUAGUCUAAUGAAAAGUCUUAAUAACUUCAAGAUAUUCAAGAAGAAUUAAAUUCAAUCUAGGUGGAUAUUGCUUAAAAUUAAUAAAACAUCUUGAACAAUAUGUAGAUUAAACCUUUUAAGUAUAUUAUUAUUUUAUAUCAUUAAAGGUAUAUAAUGAGAAAAUACAAAGAUAAAUUAUCUGGAUAUUUAUAAAUUAUUAAAAAUAAUGAAUUUAAUCAGUAAAAGUAAUAUAUAGAUGAAAGAUUAAAAUAAUUAAGUAAAAUUAAAACUAUGCUUAAUAAUUAUUUCAAUCGUUAGAAUUAAUUAGAUUCAAUAUCCUAAUCUUAAUAAUUAAGUUCUCGAAGAAAAAUUAAAAAUAGUAAUGUAUAUAUUUCUUUUGAAAACAAAGAAAUGUUUUAGAUAGCUGCUUAAAAUGAAUAAGGUUAUUUAUUGGAGUCUCCAAAUUUUAUUCAAAUUUGA